AUGCUCCAGAAUCGAGCAUCAUCCGCUACUAGGGUCAGCAGCAAACCACAUCUCUAUUUGCAAGCCGAUGGAAAGCAGCAGAAAUCGGGAAACAGUUUUUGGGGCCGUCGCAAUCAUGUUUCUGCUUUUUCUGGCCUCCUCAGUUUGUUAUUUGUAAUUGCUACUUCCCUUUUCGUGCUAUUUCUUUGCGUCUGCCUCGAGCAUUUCGACGGCUCUUUACGGCAGGGCUUGUAUGAGUUACUGGUUCAUUCAUCCCCGACAACCCUUCUUCGGCGCUAUGAACCUGAAAUAUCCUAUGGCCAUGUGGUGGCGUAUACGACCUGGAUAGUCUUUCAGGCGCUGUUGUACUCCCUUCUCCCAGGGAAGACCGUCUAUGGACCGCCAACACCGGGGGGCAAUACGCUGCCCUACCGCGUGAACGGACUGUUGUCGUGGGGUAUCACAGUUGGUGCAGUCUUCCUGGCCGCUUGUAUAGGAGGUGCUGAGGUAGUUGCAAGCUUAGCCCAAAAUUGGGCAGCCGUGUUAGCGGCAGCGAACGUCUAUGGAUUGGCAGUGCCUGCUCUGGCUGUGGCGAAGGGUCAUAUAUGGCCCACCUUUAAGAACGAUCGGAGAUUUAGCGGCUCUGUUUUUCACGAUUAUAUGGUUGGAGUCGAACUGAAUCCCCGACUGGGUCAGCACUGGGAUCUGAAGAUGUUCCAAGUCGGCCGCCUAGGAAUGAACUCAUGGGUGGUGAUCGACCUAUCUUUCAUGGCUCAACAAUACCUCCGUUACGGCUCAGUCUCUAACUCAAUCCUUAUUGUGGUCAUUCUCCAUGUUAUCUACGUCGUUGACUUUUUCAUCAACGAAGAUUGGCAAGUUCUUCUGAUUCCGCGCACUGAUCAUAUUGCCCAUGACCACUUCGGUUUCACCCUAGCCUGGGGCACUGCCGUUUGGUUACCCAUGGUCUACACCGUGCAAGCCCAGUAUUUGGCCUUGCAUCCAGUCGACCUCUCUUCAUUGGCAUUCAGCGCAAUCCUUAUAACAGGUCUCGUGAGCUACGUGCUAUUUCGUCUCGCCAACCACCAGAAACACCUUUUCCGACAAACGCGGGGCAAUUGUCAGAUUGCCGGCAGCAAGCCUCGCACUAUCAGGGCUCAAUAUACUACAGCGAAGGGGAAAGUCCACGAGACAUCUUUGCUGUGUUCUGGGUGCUGGGGGAUUGUGCGCCAUCCCAACUACGUUGGUGACAUUGUUUUCUCUUUCUGCACGUGUGUGUGUUGUGGCUGGUCCCAUGUCCUACCAUAUAUGUAUUUCAUUUAUAUGACUAUCCUGCUGAUCCAUCGAUGCUAUCGUGAUGAGAAGCGGUGCUUGGCUAAGUAUGGAUCGAAGUGGGAGGAGUAUCAACGGGUGGUGCGGUGGAGGAUGAUACCCGGUUUAUUCUAA